AUGUGGAACAACGGCCAGAUUGUGCCACCUGGAACUACCGUUCCUUCGAUUCCUCCUCCCCAGGCUUCGCAGCCAUCAUACACGCAGGUGGAGACCGAGGUUGAUGCCGAAGCACGGCUUGAAGAGAAGGCUAGAAAAUUGCAGCAGCUUAACUCUAAGAGGUACAGCGAUAAGAGGAAGUUCGGGUUUGUUGAAACUAAGAAAGAGGAUAUGCCUCCGGAACACGUCAGGAAAAUUAUCAGAGAUCAUGGUGACAUGUCCUCAAAGAAUUUGCGUCGUGACAAACGUGUUUAUCUCGGAGCACUCAAGUUUAUACCUCAUGCGGUUUAUAAGCUCCUGGAAAAUAUGCCAAUGCCUUGGGAGCAGGUUCGAGAUGUGAGGGUCUUGUACCAUAUUUCUGGUGCUAUCACGUUUGUCAAUGAAAUACCGUGGGUUGUUGAGCCUAUUUAUCUUGCUCAGUGGGGUACAAUGUGGAUAAUGAUGAGAAGAUAG